UAGGAGUUUGCAGCUGCAGGGCCACACGGGUCUCUGGAAGACAGGGUGCUGAACGACCAUGUUAUCAACAACCUGAUGGCUGAACAGGACACCCUCACACAAGAGAUGGCAGAGAUCAACAUCCUGAAGGAAGAGGCCAUCAAGAAGCAGGAGGAUCUCUUGGAGGAGAAUGAGGAGCUGAAACAUGAACUCAGCCUCAAGAAAUGUCUUGACCAGGAGAAUGAGGAGCUGAAACAUGAACUCAGCCUCAAGAAAUGUCUUGACCAGGAGAACGAGGAGCUGAAAGAGAAGAUCAAAACCAGCCAGGAAGCGUUCAUUGCUGAGCUCCAGCUAGCAAAACAGAACCACAUCCUCCUCCAACAGCACUAUCAGGCUCUAAGAGUUGCAUACCAGAAGCUCGGUGAGACGUACCAAACACAGGUCGUCACUGUAAGAAAUCAGGCUGUAAACCUUCAAAACCAGCUGAAGAAGCAAGUCCAGUCAAAUGCAAACAGGAAGAGGGAAGACCAGUGGCUCAUCAGGAAGUUAAAAACUGACCUGAAAGCCCUCAGAGGAAAAACAACAGUGACCAUUAUCUCCCAGAAAAAAUACUUCUUGAAGAUUAUAGAGGGGCUGAGCAAUCAGCUCAACUCUCUGAGAGAAAUUCGAGAGAAAUAUGACGACCUGAAAGAGGAAUACAAUAUCAGACAGGAGGAGUUCAACGCUGAGCUUCAGCUAGAAAAACAAAAAAAUGUGCUUCUCCAAGAGGAUCACGAGAGCCUCAGAGAGUCGUACAUAGAGCUCAGUAAAAAAUAUGAAGCCGUGAUCAUUACUCUCCAACAGUGGGCUGAAGAGGUCAGUCAGCAGGGACUAGCCAUCCAAGUCCAGGAUAAGCCAGAGGACUCAGAGAUCAACAGUACUGAGACCGCAACGACCCUCACGCCCCAGGAAGAGCCUGAAGCAGUGACUCCAGUCAGUGAGACAGAGACUCCAGUCAGUGAGACAGAGACUCCAGCCACUGAGACAGAGACUCCAGUCAGUGAGACAGCGACUCCAGCCACUGAGACAGAGACUCCAGACACUGAGACAGAGACUCCAGACACUGAGACAGUGACUCCAGUCAGUGAGACAGCGACUCCAGCCACUGAGACAGCGUCUCCGGCCACUGAGACAGAGACUCCAGCCACUGAGAUAGAGACUCCAGUCAGUGAGACAGCGACUCCAGCCACCGAGACAGCGACCCCAGCCAAACCGUUCUGGAAAAGGGUCAGACAUCUUCUGGGUUUGAGGAAGCCAAAGUCCUGGAAGAAGAAGGAGCAGAAGCCUACAUCAACUCUUCACUCCCAUCGCCCCCCAUAACCCUUCCCUUCCUGUGUGGGUUUUCCCCGGGUAACUCUGGUUCCCACACAUAAAUGCAACUA